CCGAUUAAAUUAAUGUUUUAAACCUGGGUCGGAAGAGAGCGGCUACUGUUUAGUCUAGACUAGUCUCGCCUUCUCUGAAUUUAGACUACAUACAUGCUUUGCGUGACGGAAGAGACUAAUCAAGUGCGUGGUCUAUCCAAAAAUAUUACUGAGUGGAGUCUGUCUCACUACCGAACAAUUAAGGCUACUGUACUUGAUUGAAGAUUAAAGACAAGACUAAAUGGAAGACCAGACUGUAUAGACCUCACCCUCGUGUUAUAUGCUAAAAUAACGCUACUACAGUUUCAAGUAAUUAAUUGCCGAGAACCAAGACUCAGAAAAGCAUGAGUCUGCUCGCGCUCUUUGCAGUCUUUUUAGGACUAUUUUUUCCGGUGAAAGCUUCGGACGUUUCCCACAAACCUAGAGUGACAUUGACAGACAAAGAUGUGAGCUUCCUAAGAAUCCACCUGUCUGGGAAUAACAGCCGUAUAGAGCUCUUGCAUGGCCCUCAUGACAACAUAGUAUAUGCUACAGGCAGCAUAAACCUGUUCCAGACAAACUUCCACAGUUCUAUGACCUCUACAAUGGGUCCUGUGUUUGGAGAGGGUUGUAGAAGUAAUGAUCCCACAUCACCAGACUGUCACUAUAACAUCACUGUUUUAUGCAAGACUAAAGAUCCAAACCUACUGUUCCUGUGUGGAACCAAUGGACAACAACACACAUUGUGCUGUUACAUGAACCCAUCAGACGACCCGUUUAUCUGCACUCCAUCCAAGGACAUCCAAGACAUUAAACAACACAUAAAUGAAAGAGAGCCGUCGCUCCUCAUUGGUUCUCCUGAGGUAGAGCAGUUCUACACCACUCACUCAGGCACAGAGCGUUCCGUGGGGAUCAACAUGUUCGGGAAGAAGAAGCUAUGGACAGAAAACAGUGGAACAGAACAGAGAUAUGUGAGUUUGGUGGCUAGCGGGCAGAGAGAGGAUCGUCUGCAGGACAGACUAUAUGCUUUCUACAUAGAGAAGAACCGAGGCCCGUGUUUGGGCUGUGAUCUCUGGGUUCCCUGGGUUGCUCAAGUCUGCAUGGCCGAUCGUGGAGGACCUAAGGGUUAUCUGCAGUUCAGGUGGACCUCCAAGCUGAGUGCCAGGCUCUUCUGUGGAGACCAUGACAGCAGGCUGUACUUCACCCAGCUAGUGGACGUGAACACUGUUCUGGCAGAGAGGUGGCAGGAUACCAGGGUCUAUGCACUCUUCAGGAAUGGCUGGGGUAUGAGUGCUGUAUGUGUCUACACCAUAGAAGAUAUUGACCACAUCUUUAAAACCUCCAACUUCACUGGGCACACAGGAUCCAUUCCAAGCCCACGACCUGGGGAGUGUGUUGAAGACAGUACUAAACUCCCCAUGGAAGUCCUGAAGAUGGUGGACAAGGUUUCAGAGAUGAAGGAGGGGGUCACCAGUGGGCCUCUCCUGGUCACUCACCAGUAUUACCACCACAUCUGCGUGGACAGAGUCCAAGGCAAAGGGAAUGUCCUGUUUCUGUCUUUAGAGAAUGGAGGGAUUCAUAAGGUUCUGGAGAGGGAUGGUCAAGUCUUCGUCAUCGCUGAGUUACAACCUUUUAACUACAGCGCACACAUCCUCAGUAUGAUGUUGCACUCAUCCACGACGUUAAUCCAGGUCCUGCAGUGCCUAGCUCCACUCCCAUUCCCCAGGGGAAGCUGUAUCUGGCCUCCAGCAGAGAGCUGGUUCAGAUUGACCUGGGCAGCUGUGAGCAGUAUGGAGCCCAGUGUGAAGACUGUGUCCUGGCCAGAGACCCUUACUGCGGCUGGGACGGCAAUCACUGCACCGCAGCUACAAAUAAGACAAUUCAGGAUGUGGAGAACGGGAACCAUCAGGUAUGCAGCAACAUAUCCAGAGGAGUUACUGCAAGUAAAGGACAAUGACCCAACACACCUCCAGGCUGUGUAAGGGCUAUUUGACCAAGAAGGAGAGUGAUGGAGUGCUGCAUCAGAUGACCUGAACUCCACAAUCACCCGACCUCAACCCAAUUGAGAUUUUUUUGGGAUGAGUUAGACCGCAGAGUGGAGGAAAAGUCCUUGAAGACUGAAAAGCAUUCUAGGUGAAGCUGGUUGAGAGAAUGCCAAGAGUGUGCAAAGCUGUCAUCAAGGCAAAGGGUGGCUACUUUGAAGAAUCUCAAAUAUCAAAUAUAUUUUGAUUUGUUUAACACUUUUUUGGUUACUACAUGAUUCCAUAUGUGCUAUUUCAUAGUGUAUGUCUUCACUAUUAUUCUACAAUGUAGAAAAUAGUAAAAAAUAAAGAAAAACCCUUGAAUGAGUAGGUGUGUCCAAACUUUUGACCGGUACUGUAUAUAUUUUUUUCUGUUGCUUAUUUAUUUGUAUUAAUAUAUAUAAUUAUAGUGAGCUCCAAAAGUAUUGGGACAGUGACAAUUGUUUGAUGUUGUUUUGGCUUUGUACUCCAGCACUUUGGAUUUAAAAUGAUACAAUAACUUUGAGGUUAACCUCUACGGGGUGGGUGUCCCUAAUGUGACUAGAAUGACGUUGUAUACAACAGCCAGCUUUCUGGGACAUAGACAUACAUACAGUAUGGGCAGAAAGCUUAAAUUCUUGUUAAUCUAACUGCAGUUUCCAAUUAACAGUAGCUAUUACAAUGAAAAAAUAUCAUGAUAUUGUUUGAGUGCACAACAAAACCCUUUAUCAAAGCAACUGGUUUUAUACAUUCACCUCUGAAGGUAAAUAAUGUACUUACAUGAAGUAAUCUUGCGAGUCUCAGAGAUAAAAUAUAGCAUAGUUUUGUUUGAUUAAAUCAAUUUUUAUGUUCAAAUGUAGGAACUGGGGUGUACAGUUUGACCCCACUGCUGUCUCUGGCUCUACACCCACCCCACCCGGACAUCUAGAUGUGUGAAAGUUAGUGAACUGUAUAAGCUAAUGAUCCAUCAUGUAUGACAUUCCUGGGAGUGUGUAAACUUACAUUUUUCUAUUACCAUGGCAUUUUUUGCAUAAUCUCUAUUAGAGGGUGACCGAUUAUGAUUUUUCAAUGCCUAUACCGAUUAUUGGAGGACCCAAAAAAAAGCCCAUACCGAUUAAUCGGCCGAUUUCUAUAUAUAUAUUUGUAAUAAUGACAAUUCCAACAAUACUGAAUGAACACUUUUAUUUUAACUUAAUAUAAUACAUAAAUAAAAUAAAAUUAGUCUCAAAUAAAUAAUGAAACAUGUUAAGUUUGGUUUAAAUAAUGCAAAUACACAGUGUUGGAGAAGAAAGUAAAAGUGCAAUAUGUUCCAUGUAAAAAAGAUAAGUUUCUUGCUCAGAACAUGAGAACAUAUGAAAGCUGGUGGUUCCUUUUAACAUGAGUCUUCAAUAUUCCCAGUUAAGAAGUUUUAGGUUGUAGUUAUUAUAGGAAUUAUUGGACUAUUUCUCUAUACCAUUUGUAUUUCAUAUACCUUUGACUAUUGGAUGUUCUUACAGGCACUAUAGUAUUGCCAGCCUAAUCUCGGGAGUUGAUAAGCUUGAAGUCAUAAACAGUGAAAUGCUUGAAGCACAGCGAAGAGCUGCUGGCAAACACAGGAAAGUGCUGUUUGAACGAAUGCUUACGAGUCUUGUGCUGCCUACCACCACUCAGUCAGACUGCUCUAUCAAAUAUCAAAUCAUAGACUUAAUUAUAAUAUAAUAAACACACAGAAAUACGAGUCAUUAAUAUGUUCAAAUCCGGAAACUAUCAUUUCGAAAACAAAAUGUUUAUUCUUUCAGUGAAAUACAGAACCGUUACGUAUUUUAUCAAACGGGUGGCAUCCCUAAGUCUAAAUAUUGCUGUUACAUUGCACAACCUUCAAUGUUAUGUCAUAAUUAUGUAAAAGUCAGGAAAAUUAAUUACGAUCUUUGUUAGUAAGAAUGGUCUUCACACAGUUCGCAACGAGCCAGGCGGCCCAAACUGCUGCAUAUACCCUGACUCUGUUGCACAGAACGCAACAGGAAUUGAAAAAAAUGGUAUGAUUCUUUACACAUAUACAGAAAGUGAAUUUGUCCCCUAAAAUGGGGGGACAAUGUUCAACAAGUGCUGUAAUUUCUAAACGGUUCACUCGAUAUAGAUGAAAACACACUAAAAUUAAAUCUGACCGUCUGCACUUUAAAGUAGUCAAAAGUUUCGUAUUUGGUCCCAUAUACUGUACAAAAUUGUUGAAAACAUUUGCUGUUUGUUUUGGUUGUGUUCCAGAUUAUUUUGUGCCCAAUAGAAAUGAAUGAUAAAUAAUGCAUUGUGUCAUUUUUGGAGUCACCUUUAUUGUAAAUAAGAAUAGAAUAUGUGUCUAAACACUUCUACAUUAAUGUGGAUGCUACCAUGAUUACGGACUGUCCUGAAUGAAUUGUUAAUUAAGUUAGACGCACAAAUAUCAUACCCCCUCUCACCAUUACAAUAACAGGGGAGGUUAGCAUUGAAGGGGGGGGGGCGGGGGGGCAGCUAUGCGUCUAUCGUUCUCACUCAUCAUUAUUCACAAUUCAUUCAGGACUAUCCAUAAUCCACAUUAAUGUAGAAGUGUUUGAAACAUGUUCUAUUUUUAUGUACAAUAAAAGUGUCUCCAAUAUCCAAAGUGCUGGAGUACAGAGCCUAAACAAGAAAUGUCACUGUCCCAAUACUUUUGAAGCUCACUGUAUGUGAAAUCAAAGGGACUUAUGAAAUGUUUGUGAAAUGUUCUUGCUGUUGAAACAUUGCAUCACAGUAAAGUUCGUGUUAAAUGAGAAAA